GACGCAAUGACCACAAAAUUACACCAAGAGCAGCCCGGGACAAGCGGCAGUCGACUGCGGCCGGUAGUUGUGGACCCUGACUCACUCGAGAGCGUGGGGUUUGUGUCCAAAGGCGACAAAAAGUUAACAGAGCUUGGAGCUCAGCAAGAGUACUACAAAAAAAUCGUGGAGCGGUAUUUGCAGUUCUGUGCAGAUCACACGGAUGACUUGAAUACGGCGUUUGCGUCUCUACCCACGAGCGCCUCGGCCGAUGCCACACAGAACCCCCCCGCGUCCGCACCGAGUGUAGGACCACGACUAGCAAAAGAUGGCCAGCGACGCGUCCAGCCUCCUUCGAACGAGCUCUCUACCCUCCUUAUGUCGCUUCGGAAGCUCCGCGAAGCCAUCCUAGCCACCUCUUCCACCACAUCGGUGUCAUUUUCGCAACAAGUGCACGUCUUCUCGGUUCGGCUGGCCAUUCGCGCGCAACACCCCCCAUCAUACUUCCCAUCCCUCCGAUAUCUCAUCGAUCGGCUGCAUUCCCCUUCUCAUCCACUGUCGGACUCGGACUUGAAGGCCGUCAUCUCAUACCUCAUCCUGGACUAUGCGUGCCGGCAGAACGACAUGGUGGCUGCAUUCGAACUCCGAGCGAGGAUGCAUAGCAAAUACGCAUUCAAGUCAAGGACUGUUGACGAUGUGCUCGCGUCUUUGAUGCACGACAACUGGGUCGUUUUCUGGCAGGUCCGGAAAGGCGUGGAUGCAUAUAUGCGGGCUAUCAUGACCUGGGCUGCAGAGCGAGUCAGGAAACAUGCCAUCAAAGCGGUCGGCCGCGCAUACCUUACCGCCGACGUGAAGUGGGUCGUAGAGAGCUGCACUGGGGAUUCCCUGGGCUGGACCUGGGAGCAACUGGCGGAGACAGAGAACCUUCAAUGGGAUAAAGAAGGUGAGAAGAUAGUCAUUCGACGAAUGAAACCCAAGCCCGACAAGAAGCUUGAGCCAAUAAAAGAGAUUCCAUAG